AUUCGAGUUCUCGUUUGUUUUAUUCAACGACUAUAAUUUAAUGAUUGAACAAAAUCUUUGACGGUACUUUGUUUCGACAUAUCUCGAGAGAUAUAUUUCAAGGAUGCAAAUAUAGCGCUGUCAUCGGUUAAAACCUUCCAAAUAUUAUAAAAUGGUAUAAAGUUUCAUAAUAAACAGUAAAGGUGAAAAAUAUCCCAUCGUAAACAAUAAAUAUUAAAAACAAGGAUUAAAACGGCAUGCUUUCGAACACAGAGCAUUUCCACCAGAAAACAGGGAUGGAAACGCGCAGUUACCAGUAAUCGAGGUAAAAAUCAGCUGGGCCAGCGAAUCUGUGUCAGGCUGGGGGAUCUAAACUAGCACGAGGCUUUACCGAAUAUUCAGUAUUCGGCCGUCCUCCUCGCUAGGUGGUAGUGCGGUGCUCUACAGUUUGCAUCACCGCAAUACCGCGCGUAUUACCGUCUAUCUAGUCUACUUCCUAUUUUAUCCUAUAUUAUUCUUAAUUUUUUAUUCAAAUCAAUUACACUGCGGGAUCAUUGGACACUUCGAAUAUAUAUGUGCAUGCGCUCGCGCGCACUUGUGUAUGUGAGUCGACAUACAUACAACGCGAUAUUACAAAUUAGUACACGAUUAAAAUUCAUUCUUCAACGUGAUAGAGAAGCAACGAACUAAAUUACAAUAACGAAAUGGUAAAUAACCAAGUGAAUAAAUCGUGACUGAAUACAAGCGAAUAAAAAUGAAAUCAAUGAAAUCGCAAAACGACCAUAUGAUAAUCGCGAAAUAACGAUACGGGACGUCGUUUGACAAAAUACUUUUCGCGUAAGUGAUUAAUACAAUGUGGAAAAAAUGUGACAAUGACCGUUUGAUAGUCCUAAAUGGCCGAAAACAACCGAGUAUCGUACCAGAACGGUACUCCUUUUGGUCAUGACGUUUGAAUUUUUUCCCGCGCGAUAACCGAUCAAACAGUAAAUCGAACAAUUUAUUCGUUUCGAUCUUACGCCCAACGAUUAUAUGUGUUAGAAUCGAAAAGCGAACCAAAAAAGAAAGACAACUUCCCAAGUUGUAUGACCUCAAGGCGAUAUAUAAUGCUUAUCGUGGAUGAUCGGUAUUAUACUUCGUACACCACGUUGUGUUCGCAGUAGAAAUAUUUAUAAUAACUUUUAAUAAAUGGAAAGAGUGUGAACAUCAAAAUGGUGUAUGUCUAACAUCCAUUAUCGAUAACCGCGAGGAGAAAGAAAUUGUAAAAAAAAUUGUUAUUUAGCGUUAGAAUAGUGAACGUAGAAGUACGCGUGUACUUGAACACUUGAAGAACGUUGUAUGAGGCGAAAAACUGGGCAAAAUGUUCAAUCUAUAUCAAAAUUUGAACAAAAAGGACGAAGAUCACAAAGAGUCGGACGUGACCGGACACGAUAGAUUCUGGCAGGAACGUCCGAGGACGCGUCGAAAGCGUCGUGCCGUUAAUCGAAGGACUCAGAGCGCCAUCGAAUUUGAUUCCGAGGCUAUAGUUUCCGCUCGAGGCACUCUUCGUCGUGGAAGAAGCGCGAGCAUCGAAGAUGAAGAUAGCGACGAAGAAAAGAGUUACCAAUUGACCAACAAAAUCGACAAUCUAGCUAAAAUACUAUUUAGUCGCGUAUCCGCUGCUCGAGGUUGCAAGGAUUCCGAUGUCAGGAAUGGAAGGCAUAAUUACACAGCGUUGGAUCAUGGACCAUCUGUUUGCGAAAAUGUUGGCGAGUACAUGGAAAUGGAAAAAAGAUCGAGGGACCGUGCCUUAUCAAUUUGUCAGGCCUAUAUCCGUAGAACACCGCGCUACAGUCUCGUCAAGCAGCUGAAUAAUCUCGGCUCUAGAAUGGACAAACAUUGGUUCAUAGUAAGAGAUACUUCUUUAAAAACCGAUCGACUGAUUACGUUAGCUCCGUUAAAUAGAAACUGCUCAUUGAGCAUAACUCCAUUGACAAAGAACGUUUUGAACGACUUAUUCUUAGCCUUGCAACAUCCGUAUAUAUGCCCUAUAUUCGAUAUCGAUUUCCUUGAAUUGGAAAGUCAAAACUACGUGGUCGUAGUUCAACCAAUCAGUCAAGGCAGCCUGAAAGAUUUGAUAUACGGGAUCGAAAGAACGGGUUGGAACGAAGACUGGAAUCAGAAGUACGGUUCUCGCGGUAAAGGACUUCCUUUACCUCAGGUUCAACAAAUGGGUCGUCAAGUGCUAGAGGCGUUGACUUUUUUAAAAGAAAGAGGAUUUCCAACGGUAAUCCAUUUACAUUCGGGAAAUGUGCUCGUUCAAAAUGGUGUCGCACGUCUCGCCGGCCUAGAAAACACGCUCCUCGGUUUCACCAGCCGAAUACACCCACUAAUCGCUUCUCGUAUUUCGCAAAAUAUUUCGAUUGACAUGAUAUGUUUCGGUCAUAUGUUGUUUGAGAUGUGCGCUGGAUACGAAUUACCAUCGUUUAAACCAAAUUCCACGCAUCUAUCGGACGUUGAAAUAUAUCCACAAGUCGUCGAGUUACUCCAGUUCAUAUUUGGUGAAUCAUCUAAUCGUCAGAAGAUUAUUGAGGAGCUCCUUGUACAUGAUUUAUUCAGAAAUAUUGAUCUUCGUGAAAUGCGAAGUGCUCCUGUUACGAUAUUUCGUCCAACAUUAACACCGCCCGUAGUAAAUUUACUCGACGGUAUUAAACGACAAAAUGCCAGUAAAAGGCAGAGGUCGCGUUCUAUAAGCGACGUGUAUUUGACAGGCAAAUUUUGGUAAUGACAUGAAGGAUCCGAUUAAUCGAUCUAAUUCUUUAAAAAUCUUCAUGAUAAAAUGUAACUUUUAUCUUUUUCAUAUUGCAGAACCACACAGUUGGAUAUCGUCGAUGAAGAUACAACGUCUCUACAUAGAUCACAUACCGUUUGCAAGAAUUCUUUACUCGAUGAAAUUUAUAACGAGCUUUCAAACACGGCUGUAUAAUUGUGGGAACAAAAUUUGUUUCAUCGCGAUUUUAUCUUUAAUAUAUUCGUACGUUUCUCUACCGAGUGCCAAAAGUUAUUCCAAUCUCUAUUUCUAGUAUAGUUAUUCAAUUACAAAUUUAAUAUGAAAAAGAAAAGAAACAAGAAAAGAAUUAGAGAUAAAACAAGGAAAAAUAAUAUGGAAGGGGCAAUAAAAAGUGGAAAAAAAAGAAAAAAGAAAAAGAAAAAAAUAUAAAUCUUACAAGAGUAAUGUAUUUUAUUAUUUAAAAUAUCAAAAGACACACAAGAUAUCUACGCGUUUAUGGAAGAAGCAUGAAAAUAAUAAAAUGUCAUCUCAUA